CUGCGCAGUAGCAUCUAGUGUGACGUCGCCAUGGCGAGCCGUAAAGCUGCGCAGCCAAACAAAGACAAUAAAGACAAAUAUUCCGUCUUAUUACCGACGUACAACGAAAGAGAAAACCUUCCUCUGAUCGUUUGGCUCCUGGUGAAGUACUUCGGGGAAAGUGGAUUUAACUAUGAGAUCAUCGUGAUCGAUGACGGAAGCCCAGACGGGACGCUGGAGGUGGCGGAGCAGCUGCAGAACAUUUAUGGCAAAGAUAAAAUACUUCUUCGACCAAGAGCCAAAAAACUAGGCCUUGGCACCGCCUACAUUCACGGCAUGGGGCACGCCAGCGGGAACUUCAUCAUCAUCAUGGAUGCUGAUCUCUCCCACCAUCCCAAGUUUAUCCCUCAGUUUAUAAGGAAGCAGAAGGAGGGGGAUUAUGACCUGGUAUCUGGCACGCGUUACCAAGGUGAUGGCGGCGUUUACGGCUGGGACCUGCGCAGGAAACUCAUCAGCCGAGGGGCCAACUUCCUGACGCAGGUGCUGCUGCGGCCCGGGGCCUCAGACCUCACUGGGAGCUUCAGGCUCUACAAGAAGAAGGUUCUGGAGAGUCUGAUGGAACGGUGUGUGUCCAAAGGCUACGUCUUCCAGAUGGAGAUGAUUGUCCGAGCCAGACAGCUCAACUACACCAUCGGAGAGGUGCCCAUUUCCUUUGUGGAUCGAGUUUACGGAGAGUCCAAACUGGGAGGGAACGAGAUCAUUUCAUUUGUGAAAGGACUGCUCACUCUGUUCGCCACCACAUGAUCAGCGCUGAGCUCCGGCAGACCUUUACUUCACCUUCCUGUGGCUCUGCAGCUCCGUCCAUCUUUAAUGAAAAUGUUUUCUUCUGUGGUCUGAAGAGUAUGGAAGGAAGAGAAGAUCUACAUUCCCACCAUUCCUGAUGAUUUGGUGUCUUAUCAUUCCCAGCUGUGGAUGUGAACUGGCCUCUGGGUCACAGAAUGGAUGUUUGUAUCAGAAAUAAACGCUUUAUAUUGAAGCUACGGUUUGGUGGUCAGAGGCAGUAGAAGCGUCUUUCUGUGACCUUAACAAGUCAGCUCUGUCCUUCAUCAGAUAUCAGCUGGGCCUGAUUUAUUGUGUCUCAGCAGCAGAAUAAACUGGACCUCUUUAUUAUCCCUCAUCUGGAGGUUCUGCUCAAAGCGGAGCCGCUGGAAGGAGCCAUGUUCCCGCCGUCAUUCAGCCUUUUUCAGGGUUAACUCUAACCCUGGCCUCAACUUUGAACGUUCCUACAGUUUGAAUUUUCAGGGUUUCAGUUGGACCUUAAAAAACAUUAAAACUCAUUAAAUCAUAGUUUUUAAAAUGAAGGCAUUAAAUGGCAUUAAAAUUCAUUAAAUGUGAUUAUCAGUAGCAUUAAAAUUCUCUUCA